CCUGCAAGGACGAUAAUCUGAAUUUACCUCGAAUCCAUUUACAUCCAUUCACCUGAGUUGCAUCUGCCGACUGGAAAUAUUGAUGGUCAAGACCUCGACGGCCUCAAUCCUAAAGUUCCUCGGAACCACUCUUCGAUCUACCCCAACUCUCCACCCCCUUCCCACACGACACCAUCGUCAGAUCACUGCGAACUCUAUCUUCGAAAUCCUGAUCGGCAUCCACGAUGGAUAACUACAGACCCUUAAGUUUGACCGAGCGUCGAGCCUCAAUGGUAUUCAACAAUGAUGAAUCCGAUCUCUCGCCAACUCGAGCAACCCUCACUCUGAACACCAAUACCAACAAUGUUCGAUUGCCAUCGAGGGUCGAUAAAAUCGUCCAGACUCGACCGAGAGGUCCUCCUACACCCAAUAUGACCACUCCAUCUGCAGAUCCAGAUUCCCCUACCCACUCCAGUCACGAUCCUCCACCGCCCCCUACUCCAGCUGCGAGUCCGGGCCCAGAUCAUCCACAACCAGAUUGGAGCGAUGCGGGAGAUCAAGAAGACUUAUUCCUGUCCAAGAUCAGACAUCACUUCAAAGAGAGCUCACCUCCAGAGCGGAUGCGGAUAUUGGCAGAUCUCCUGAAUCUCUGCACGAGCCAACAACUAAGUUUCGUACGGCAGUACGUGGACCCGUUAUUGAAGAAGGAUCCAUUCACCAGUCUGCCAAAUGAGAUCUGUUUAAGGAUUCUUUCCUGCAUCGACGAUCCAAAAGUCCUAGCGCGAGCAUCACAAGUAUCACAGCGAUGGCGAGAAUUGCUGGCAGAUGAUGUGACAUGGAUGAAGUUAUGCGCAAAGCAUGACUAUGGCAGGAGGAUGUCCGAAGCUCAUCUGAGCACUCCUCUCACCACUACCCUCCGACCUGUUCCACAACCUGUUCAGAGCGGCUUCUUCGAUGGGGCGACCACGACCACACACUCAUUUCCAGGUGCGGCAGCAUUGGCCAGUCAUGCCGCAGGAAGCUCGAGAAGUUUCGAUAGCUCGAUGAGUUCAACUGCUUUGAGGAGACCCAAAAUCAGAUCCUACAAGUCGCAUUUCAAGCAAAGAUACUUGGUGGAGACCGCGUGGAGAACAGGAGGUCGAAAUAUUGCUAGGCAUAUCACCCAGGAUCAAGGUGUGGUUACUAGCUUGCAUCUGACACCGAAAUACAUUGUGGUUGCUUUGGACAAUGCCAAAAUCCACGUCUUCAAUACCGAGGGAAAUCAGCAAAAGACAUUGCAAGGCCAUGUCAUGGGUGUUUGGGCAAUGGUUCCUUGGGAUGAUGUUCUGGUUAGUGGAGGUUGUGAUAGAGAUGUGCGGGUCUGGAAUAUGGCUACAGGUGAACCAAUCCACACCCUUCGAGGCCAUACAUCGACCGUUCGCUGCUUAAAGAUGUCUGAUUCAACAACUGCAAUCUCAGGAUCCAGGGAUACAACUUUACGAGUUUGGGACAUCAAUACCGGACUUUGCAAGAAUGUUCUUGUGGGACAUCAGGCGAGUGUGAGAUGUCUGGAAAUCAAAGGAGACAUUGUAGUAUCUGGAAGUUAUGAUACGACAGCCAGAGUAUGGAGUAUUUCCGAAGGCAGAUGUCUACGAACUCUUUCUGGACAUUUCUCGCAGAUUUAUGCAAUCGCUUUUGAUGGUACGAGGAUAGCUACGGGAAGUUUGGAUACCAGUGUUCGAAUCUGGGAUCCUACAAACGGCUCAUGCCAAGCUAUUCUUCAAGGACAUACCUCGCUUGUUGGACAACUACAAAUGCGUGGAAAUACUUUGGUGACGGGUGGCUCAGAUGGCUCAGUACGAGUAUGGUCAUUGGAAAAGAUGGCCCCUAUACAUCGUUUAGCAGCACACGACAAUAGUGUGACGAGCUUACAAUUCGAUGACACCAGAGUGGUCAGCGGAGGAAGUGAUGGUAGAGUCAAAGUUUGGGAUCUCAAGACGGGGCAGUUAGUCAGAGAACUUACUGCACCUGCGGAUGCGGUUUGGAGAGUGGCAUUCGAGGAAGAGAAAUGUGUGGUCAUGGCAAGCCGAAGUAAUAGGACUAUCAUGGAGGUAUGGUCUUUCUCCCCACCAGAAGAUGUCCUCUUUGAAGCUGCCGCCACAACACCUGCACAACGAAAUCUUCUAAAUGCAGGUGGACCUCCUCGACCUUUAUCUGCUGUCGAAUAUCGAAGUACAGGAACACAAGAUCAGCCAAUGACUGGAAUGAGUGGGUUAAGUGUUGAUGAUAAUACACCAACUCGAGGACAUGUCAAUACUCGAAUUGACUAUACAACCGAGCGGAUAUCGAAUCUAGAAGAUGUCGAAAUGUUGGAUCAACAACCAAGUACUGCCCCGUUACCAGGUACUGGACCAACGUUCUUCCACGACGAUUGAUCACCCUACCAAACUCGACCUUCUCUAG